AUGACUGAAGAGGAGGAGCACAGCGCAUCAAGGCCAGAAGAAGUCAGAAUCAUUCAUCGCCAGCUGCACAUUCCGACCGUGGAAGCUUCCUUCCUAUCAUUAUUCAAAUAUGCGACCGUGAGCGAUCUGGCAAUUAUUGCAGUUAGCACUUUGUGUGCGUUGGCUGCAGGAGCAAUCAUUCCGCUCCCUCCUAUUAUUUUUGGUCGACUCUCGUACAUUUUUGCAGGCCUCGAUGGCGACUCAUCGGCUCCCAACUCCAGUCAUCUCAUCAGCCACUAUUCCUUAUUUUUUGUGUACAUUGCCAUUGGAGCUUUGGUAGUUUGGUUUGUCUCGAUUGCAGGGUUCAGCUACACAGGAUCCCGCGUGGCAUCCCAAAUCAAAGUACGCUACAUGGAAUCCAUUCUACGCCAAAAUAUUGCCUUUUUUGAUGAUGUCGGCACCGGUCAGAUGUUGGCCGAGCUCGGUGCCGAUCUCAACAUUAUCCAAGAUGCCGUCUCUUACAAACUCUCACUCACGCUAAGUGCCGUCGGCACUUUGAUGGCAACUUAUAUCGUCAGCUUUGCGCUUUACUGGAAGCUCACUUUCAUUCUGACAUGGUCGCUUUUUCUCAGUCUGGCCCUGCUUUACGCUGGCAAUCGAAUUGCGGUCCAUUACUCGGUCCGUUCUAUGGAAGCGCAAGCGACGGGAAGCUCUAUCGCAGAAGAAGCCCUUGGCUCUAUUAGGAGUACUACAGCACUAGGUUUACAGCCGACACUUGUGGACAGCUACGAUCGCUGUCUUGGCAUCUCGCAGACUGCCGGAUUUACUCUCAAGGCCCUCAUGGGUACCAUGGUAGCCAUCACGGUGGGCACAGGGUACUUGAAUGUGGCCUUGGCUUUCUGGCAAGGGUCUAGAUUUCUGGUAGACAAGCAAACUUCUUUUAUGGCUGUUGUUGCCAUCACAUUGAUCACCAAAAGUGCCGCGUUCUGCGUAUUGGGCGUGGGCCAGAAUGCUGAGACGUUUACAAAUGCCGCUGCUGCGGCUCGGAGAGUGUUCCAAAUAAUCCGGCGUGAGUCUCCGAUUGACUCCACCGCGUCUUCUGGGGACACAUUGGAAGAAAUACAUGGUGAUAUCGAGAUUCACAACGUCAAGCAUGUGUAUCCAACGCGACCAAACGUUGUAAUCACAGAAGAAUUGAGCCUCUCCUUUCCAGCCGGAAAGACAACAGCCGUAGUAGGUCCGUCAGGAUCAGGGAAAAGUACCAUCUCCAAGCUUCUUUUGCGUUUCUACGAGCCGCUUCAGGGUCAGAUUACCCUGGAUGGACAUGAUACGAAGAAUCUCAAUGUUCGGUGGCUACGGCAACAAUUGCGACUUGUAAACCAAGAGCCUUCACUGUUUGACACAACCAUUCAAGAGAAUAUAGAGUAUGGCUUUAUUGGGACUCAAUUGGAGCACCUACCAGCCGAGGAAAAGCAAAUUCGCAUCGAACAAGCCGCUAGGAUUGCCUGCGCCCACGACUUUAUAACUGCGUUGCCGCAGGGAUAUCAGACAAUGACAGGCACCAAAGGAUCCAAACUCUCCGGAGGUCAGAAGCAGCGCAUUGCUAUUGCACGGGCGCUUGUCGCACAACCGAAGAUUCUCAUCCUAGACGAGGCUACGUCUGCUCUAGACACUAAGACAGAAGCCUCUGUUCAGGCUGCACUGAAAGAAUCCAGCAAAAGCCGGACCACGGUGGUGGUUGCUCAUCGUCUUUCAACCGUCCGAGAGGCUGAUAAUAUUGUUGUGCUAAAAGCCGGAAAACUGGCAGAGCAGGGAACACACAGUGAACUCAUGCAACAACGGGGUGAAUACUUCCAGCUUGUUGAAGCACAGCAGUCUAGUGAGGAUGAAGAAACAUCCGACGAUAAACCCGAAUUAGUGGGAGUGUACGAUAGCACCACUAGUCUCGCUGCUGUUAAGCAAGAAGCGUUCACGGAAGUCAAGCUACUCGAUAACUCCACGGAUGACUCCAAUGCCGUCCACAAUACCGAGCAUGCCUCGCUUUUUUCCAUGGCCCGGUUCGUGCUCAGUUUGAAUGCACAGGAAUGGAAAUGGAUAGUUAUUGGCCUGAUCAGCUCCGUCAUCGCUGGUCUUGAAGAACCUGCAUCUGCUGUUCUCUUUGGUAAAGCAGUUGUUGCCAUCGCACAACCCCUUGACAAACCAAACAAUAUUCGCUCCGAUGCAGCCUUUUGGGCCUGGAUGUUCUUCUUACUGGCCAUGGUGAUGAUGAUCGUCUUCUCAAUUCAAGGCUCUGUUUUUGCCUUCUGCUCGGAAAGGCUAGUACGCCGGGCACGUAAGCUGGCUCUUGCGCAAAUGCUUCGACAGGAGAUUGCAUUCUUUGACGAGAAGGGUAAUACAGCAGCUGCGCUUUCGAGCUUUCUUUCCACCGAAGCUGCAGAUCUUGCAGGGGUUAGUGGCGGUACUCUGGGGAUGAUACUGAUUGGAAUCUCAACACUCGUGUCAGCAUUGGUUGUGGGUCUGGCAUUUGGCUGGAAGCUAGCCUUGGUAUGCUCCUCGGUUAUUCCUGUGCUAAUUGCCAGCGGCUUUAUUGGUAUUUGGGCUUCAAGCGAGUUUGAGAGGCUCAAUGAAAAAUACACUCGGGCCUCAGCCGAGUAUGCGGGUGAAGCUAUGGGCGCCAUUCAGACGGUCGCAUUGCUCACCCGCGAGACUCAGGUACUAGAGUCAUAUGAGAGUAAAGUCAAGGCUUCUUCCCGAGAGGGAACGAAAGCCAUUGUAAAAGCCUCACUCGUUCUAGCCUUGGGGCGAGCCACAGUGAAUGCGUGCAUGGCACUAGGUUUCUGGUAUGGAGGGUCAUUGAUUCUCAGCGGAGAAUAUACUCUACUCCAAUUCGUGGUAGUAUACUCGUCCAUCAUCACGAGUGCCUAUUCUGCGGGCAUGGUCUUUUCGUUCACGCCAAAUAUCAGCAAGGCUAGGAGGUCGGCUGCCGGUCUCCAGGCAUUGCUCCAGCGAAAAUCAGCCAUCAACCCUGAUAACAGUGACGGGCAAAAACUCGAAACUCCACCAAAAGGCCAAAUUGAUUUUCGCAAUGUCAGUUUUACAUAUCCGACAAGACCAGGCCAUUUGGUCCUGCAAGAUAUUUCGUUAUCUAUCUCGCCGGGCUCGCGGGUGGCACUGGUCGGCCACACUGGCUGUGGAAAAAGUACUAUAAUCUCGCUGGUUGAAAGGUUCUAUGAUCCAAGCAGGGGUGGCAUUUUCCUCGAUGGACAACCCAUAUCUUCGUUUUGCCUUGCAGACUACCGGCGAUGUAUCGGCUUGGUGAACCAAGAGCCAACGAUGCUUCGCGGCUCCAUCAAGAUGAAUUUAACAGCAGGACAAGGCAAUGGCAUCACGGAUGUCGAUAUUGAGAAUGCGUGCAAGCAAGCCAACAUCUACGAUUUUAUCUGCUCUUUACCGGACGGUUUCAAUACUGUAGUCGGAAACAGGGGCGACCAGCUUAGUGGUGGCCAACGGCAGCGCCUUGCUCUUGCGCGCGCUCUCGUCCGAAACCCAACCAUCUUGCUUCUAGACGAGGCUACCUCCGCGGUUGACGCACAAUCCGAGGCUCUCAUUCAAGAAGCGCUCGACCGCGCAGCUCGAGGUCGCACUACCAUCACCAUUGCACAUCGGUUAAGUACGGUGCGGAGUGCGGAUGUUAUCUAUGUCUUAGACCAAGGGAAUAUUGUAGAAUAUGGGACUCAUGGGCAGUUGAUAGAGAGAAGGGGAAAGUAUUUCGAAAUGUUUAAUGCAUCUGCGGACAGUCCGUGA